UGUGACUUGCAGGAAGAAGCUUCUCUGCCCAAUUUGCUAGUUGUUUGUGGGGAUCAUGGGAUGUCUGAAAUGGGUAGUCAUGGUGGUUCUUCAGAAGGAGAAGUGCAUACACCACUGUUGUUUAUCAGCUCUGCUUUUGAAAAGAGAAGUGGUCCUCUAACCCAACCUGAACUUGUACAACAAACUGAUUUAGCUAGCACACUGGCAGUAGGUCUUGGUCUACCAAUUUCACGAAACAGUGUUGGAAACCUUAUAUUACCAGUUCUGGGAGGCAAGACAAUGAGAGAGCAGCUACGUUUUGUGCACUUGAAUGCAUUCCAGCUUAGUAGGCUGCUGCAAGAGAAUACACCUGCAUAUGAAAAAGAUCCUGGAUAUGAACAUUUUAAGGUAGCAGAAAAGUCCCAUGGUAAUUGGAUCAAACUGUAUUUAGAGGGAAAUAAUUCAGAAAUACUCUUAAAUCUUGGCAAAAAGGUCCUGAAGCAAUAUUUGGAGGCCCUAAAGACUCUGAGUUCUUCACUAAGCAAACAAGUGGCACAAUAUGACAUGUAUUCGAUGAUGAUGGGGACUGUGAUCACUGUGGAGGUUCUUCUGCUGCUAUUGCUCAGUGUUCCAAAAGCUCUGAGCAGCCGGGCAGAAUUUGAAGUUCCCCUCUCCCCUCCACUUUUCUCUCUGCUCUUUUACUUGAUGUGUCUGAUGCUGUGUGCGGUUCAUGUCAUUGUGUGCACAUCAGCAGAAAGCUUGUGCUAUUUCUGCAGUAUGUCGUGGUUAACAGCAGUUGGAGUGAUGAUGCUGAUUUCCGCACUCAUGUGUGGUAUUUUAUCUGCCAUUGCGAAGAUCUUUGAGAAUUCCAGACUUCCGCUGAAGAAUCUAGUUGUGUCCAGUUCCAGCUGGUCAGAAAUUGAUGUGCUGAUUCUGGCUGGAACAAUUGGACAUGUUUUGAGUUUGGGAGCCAGCAGUUUUAUAGAAGAGGAACAUCAAACCUGGUAUUUUCUUAUCAAUACACUUUGUUUGGUGCUGUGUCAGGAACUUUAUAGAAAUAAUUUUCCUGUGAAAGAAUGUGACACUCAACAUAGCACCACUGUGAAACAAAAUUUUGAUAGCAUCUGGGAAGUCUCUGAGUGCAAGAAUGUAGACAUUCCAGCAGCAGGUAAUUCAAAAUUGUGCAAGGCCACCUCUUCAUCUGAAUUCAUAAAAGGAUCAGAUAAGUGGAUAAGCUUAGCAAGUCCAUGGAUCAUCCUUAUUUGCUGUCGGCUACUUCGAUCCUUGAAUCAGACAGGCGUCCAGUGGGCUCAUCGGCCAGACUUUGGGCAUUGGUUGACAAGCUCUGAACAUCAGUCUGAACUAUCCUUCCUGGCUGCAGUCUCCCUACUUAUGAUCUUCGUUCUGGUUCAAAGAAGAUGCUCCCUGGUUUCAAAAAUUGCUAUGGCACUCGGGCUCCUGGGAGUCUACAGUUACCGGGCAGCUAUUGGAAAUGUUGUAUUUCCAUGGCAACAUGACAGCAAAGAUAUUUCAAAGGGGAUUACUGAAGCUCGUUUUGUUUAUGUCUUUGUUCUUGGCAUAGUCUUCAGUGGCACUAAAGAUUUACUGAAGUCACAGGUUAUUUCUGCAGACUCCACUGUGAAGAGUACAGGAUUAUGGGAAGUGUAUAGUGGAUUGGUUCUACUAGCAGCCCUGCUAUUUAGACCUCACAAUUUACCAGUUUUGGUGUUUUGUCUGCUGAUUCAGACAAUGACAACAAAAUAUAUCUGGAGACCUUUGAAAUUUGAUGCAGCACAGAUUACUAUCAUGCACUACUGGUUUGGCCAAGCUUUCUUCUAUUUUCAGGGUAAUUCAAAUGGCAUUGCUACUGUGGACGUUUCAGCAGGUUUUGUGGGACUAGAAAGCUAUGUGGAGAUACCAGCUAUCUUCCUUACAGCAUUUGCAACAUACGCGGGACCUUUGCUUUGGGCCAUUCAUCUGCUGUGCUACUUGAGUUCUGAAGUUAGCAGGUAA